UUUCAUUCAUUCCAAACAUACCACUAAAAGCUAGCUUGAUCACUCACACUAACUACCUUCUCCACCGACUCUCUCUCUCUCUCUCUCUCUCUCCUUCUUUCUCUCUCCUCAAAAACAUUUGGAGAAAUUAAAAUAAUUUCUACUAAUUGAGUACUUCUAUUAUUAUUAGAUUUUAAUUAAUUAGAAGUAUAUAUUAUAUUAUAAUUAUCAUGUAUAACAAUAUGAACAACAACAAUAAUAUUAUUGAGGUUCAAAGGCAAGAAUCCUUAAAAAGAAGAUGGCAUGAUAGUUUCUACACUAGACUUCUUACUUCACCCGCCCCUACUAACCCUACUACAUCUGCGGCCGCGGCAACGCCCGCAUUAAUCAUAGGUAAACCACCUCACCACCACCACCACCACCAUCAUCACUUUCUCCAACCAGGGAGGUUGUUGGAUGGUGGCGGCGGUGGAGAUCUAGUCCUUAAUGUAAUUCCCUCGGUCACGGUUGUGCUUGAGGGUCGUUCGAUCUGUCACCGUAUAAACCUCCAAAACCAUGGUAGUUACCAAAGCCUAGCUAAAGCUCUUAGACAAAUGUUUGUGGAAAUUGCAAAUAUUCAACAAAAUGAGGAUGAAAGUGAUGGGCAAUUUGAUUUGUCGAAUGCUGUUCCUGGUUAUGUUAUUGCUUAUGAAGAUAUGGAGAAUGAUCUUCUUCUUGCUGGUGAUCUUCAGUGGAAGGAUUUUGUACGAGUGGCAAAAAGAAUAAGGGUAUUGCCGGUGAAGUCAAGUUCAAGGAAGCAGAAGACCACUAAACACUAGUCCAAGGCUCCUCAUUGUAAUGCUACAAGAUAUUCUAGCUAGCUUUAUUGUUAAGAGUCCUGAUCGUUUUUUUUUUCAAUUUUCUUAUUGAAAAUUAGAUAGAAAAAUAUGAACAUUACAGACAAUAGUUUAUAGUUUUUUGUGGUUCACUUUUAAAUCACGAUGAUUAUUAUAACGAUGACUAGUUUUAAAUUUAUAAAUCAUAAUUCAACUGAAAUAAUACAACUCCAUUCACAUAUGUUGGUUUUAA